AGCCACUUUGGCUCAAGGCGCUCAGGCCCUCUGCGCUCUCGGGCCGCACUGAUUAUACAGGACCCUCGCUCUCGGGCGAUGGGCUGCCGCCGCAGCUUCUCCCGGCGCCCGCCGCUCGAGCCGUGGGGCCUGCCUUUCUCUGGCGCCUGGCCCCUUCAGCUUCCCCGACCGCCGCCGUCCGCUUCGCCGACCGCAGCCCGCGCGGCCCCGGCGCGCGCCUCGAGCGCGCCGGCGGCGGAACCGACGCCCCGCGUCAGGCGGCCGCCGCGAGGUUGCUGGGCGACGCAGCGCGAGGCCGCCGCCGCCGCCGCUGGCCGGCGGGCCGCGAGCGGCCGCCAGGGCGGUGGCCGCUGAGGCCGUGGCCGCACAGCCGGCGCCCGCCGGCGGGCUGCGCGGGGCUGCCGCGGGGCCUCCGCGCGCGCCUCGCCGCCAGGGCCGCUGCCGCCCCUCCGCCCGGGCCUGCGGGUCGUGGCGCGGGCUCGACGAGCAGCCGCCCGUGGAUCAAGCAGUGGCGGGGCGCCCCACCAAACAAUGUUCGAAGACCACGUCGUUUGCACGAGCAGUCCUUGCAACGUUCCUAGUUGAGACAGUCCUGCUUUGAUGCAUCGCGUGUAUGUUCCAGAAGCACUGUUCUAUGGUUGUUGUAACAUUAUGGAUCACGUCAGCGUGCGCGGGGAGGCCGUGCCCGCCGAAACGGGUGCCCAGGGCCUGAAUCGAGGCCCAGAUGCCGCCGCCAGCGUGUCCCUUUGGUCUCCACUGUGCCGGGGGGCGCGCUCUCUGUCGCAGAGCUUCUAGUAGCCAGACUAGCUUGGCGGGCGUCGUCGCGAACGGAUUGGACUGAUGGGUGUGGGGCUGGUUUUUGCCGCGCGGACCCUGCAUGCGUGCGUGUUUCAGUGCUCGCUUGCUGUGCGCGCGCGCUUUCUGCAGCAAGCCGCGUGCCCACGUGUGCGCCGUCUUUGUUUGUUUGUUAUUUCCCACAUCCAGGGUGGGGUUCUUGUUCUCUCUGGUCACCCCGCGCAGGAACACACAGGAACACACUCUCAC